AUGCGUUUGAUUACUUUCGCCAUCAUUUGUUUGGCUUUCCUCGUAGGGUCAUGUUUAGCAGCUCCUGCUCCUGCUCCUGCUUUACCUCCUACUCCAGUAUCCGGUUCUGGAUCUGGAUCUGUUAAUCGAAGAGACAUGGCCAGAAGAGGAAUUAGGGAUGGUAUGACCAAUGGUGAAUUGAUCGCUAGAGGUUUACCACUCAAUAAUCCCAAAAGAUUGUAUGAUCCCACUGCACCUAAACCUUUGCAAGCUCGAGCUUCGCGACGAUCUCUUCCUAAUGAUUUAUAUAAUGAUGGGUUGUCUAACGGGGAGAGGAUCGCGAGAGGUCUUCCGCUCAACAAUCCCAAAAGACUAUAUGAUGCCACUGUAGCCAGAGCACUGCAACCCCGAGUUUCGGCUGCAAGACGAGCAGAGAAUUGA